GGGACGUGUCAUUUGUAUGGCUGCCUUGUUGACGAUCAUAUUUUGAAGUUUUUCACGUCCUUGUCAGACAGUCCCUAACCAGGACAGGCUGAGUAGUUGCUGGAUCACAGAGCGGCAGCGGCAGCAGCAGCAGAGGCAGCAGCUCAGUCAGUCAGUCCGUCGCUGCAGUCCUACAGAGCGGACACUCAUCAACAUCCUCUUAACGUCUGCGGAGCUCUGACGAUAAGAAGCUCUGAACUAACGCAUUACGAUUCAACCAGGGCUAUUUUAACGACGACAUGAAGACACCCGAUACAGGGACUUCUUCUACGAGGCGGACCGGGAAUCCUGACUGGCAUCGAUUUUCACCGAGCGAAUGAGAAAGAAUCGUCAUGACCAUUUUCUUGAAGAGUCUCUCCUACACUGAGGGACGUCGGCCCUUUUCUGUUUCUGGAUUUAUCAUUGCCGAGAUGAGAUAAUAAAGUCAGCCAGCCUGUGCAUGCUGCUACAACAACACCUGUGGCACUUGUAAACCCACCCAGCCCACCCUGAACCCCCUACCCCCUCUAGCAGCGAGUUCAUUUCAACAGUUGAAACAUGACGACCCCGGCACUCCUGCCGCUGUCAGGCCGCAGGAUACCCACUUUGUCGCCGGGCGCCUCCUCUUUCCCGCACCACAGGGCCACGUUGAGGCUCUCAGAGAAGUUCAUCCUCCUCCUCAUUCUCAGUGCCUUCAUCACCUUAUGCUUCGGGGCCUUCUUCUUCCUCCCGGACAAUUCCAAGCACAAGCGCUUUGACUUGGGCUUGGAAGAUGUGCUCAUUCCUCAUAUCGACCCCCCCAAAGAGGGGAAGCAUGCCUCUGGACAGGUGAUCAUACACGGACAGGGAGGACAUGACGAGCACAGACACCGGGAGGAGGAGGAGAGCCUGCGGGACAAAAUCCGGGCAGACCAUGAGCGGGCGCUGCAGGAGGCUAAGGAAAAGCUGAGAAAGUCCCGUGAGGAGCUUCAGGCGGAGAUACAGACAGAGAAAAACAAAGUGGUAGAGGAACUGAAGAAGAAAGAUGUAGGGCCUAAACCUUUGCCACCUGUCCCAAUGCCCAAAGUGGUAGGCGUCAGUGACGGUGAGCCUCCUGAGCCUGACGUCAAAGAGAAACGAGACAAGAUCAGAGAGAUGAUGAAGCACGCUUGGGACAGCUACAGACAGUACGGUUGGGGUCACAACGAGCUGAAGCCCAUCGCCAAGAAAGGACAUUCCACAAACAUCUUUGGAAAUUCCCAGCUAGGAGCGAGCAUUGUGGAUGCGUUAGACACCCUCUACAUCAUGGGUCUGCACGAGGAGUUCAAGGACGGCCAGGAGUGGAUCGAGCAGAACCUGGACUUUGGUGUGAAUGCCGAGGUGUCUGUGUUUGAGGUCAACAUUCGUUUCAUUGGAGGACUACUGGCCGCCUACUACCUCUCUGGACAGGAAGUUUUCAAGCUGAAGGCAGUCCAGCUCGCUGAGAAGCUUCUUCCUGCCUUUAACACCCCCACAGGAAUCCCCUGGGCCAUGGUCAACCUGAAGAGUGGUGUUGGUCGUAACUGGGGUUGGGCGUCAGCGGGCAGCAGCAUCCUAGCUGAGUUUGGGACUCUGCACAUGGAGUUUGUUCACCUCACCUACCUGACAGGAAACCCUGCCUACUACCAGAAGGUGAUGCACAUUCGAAAGCUGCUGGCCAAAAUGGACCGACCAAACGGGCUUUACCCCAACUACCUGAAUCCACGGACGGGUCGCUGGGGCCAACAUCACACCUCAGUUGGAGGACUUGGGGACAGUUUUUACGAGUACCUGCUGAAGGCAUGGCUCAUGUCAGACAAGACUGACACCGAAGCCCGCAAGACCUACGAUGACGCCAUUGAGGCCAUCGAACGCCACCUGAUUCGCAAAUCAAACGGCGGUCUGACGUUCAUCGGUGAGUGGAAGAACGGCCACCUGGAGAGGAAAAUGGGCCACCUGGCCUGCUUCGCUGGUGGCAUGUUUGCGUUGGGCGCUGAUGGCUCGCCUGACGACAAGGCGGGGCACUACCUGCAGCUGGGAGCUGAGAUCGCACACACCUGCCAUGAAUCCUACGACAGGACAGUGUUGAAGCUUGGCCCCGAGGCCUUUAAAUUCGACAGUGGCCUGGAGGCGGUUGCCGUCCGGCAGAAUGAGAAGUACUACAUCCUGCGACCGGAGGUCAUUGAGACCUACUGGUACAUGUGGAGGUUCACCCACGAUCCCAAGUAUCGGCAGUGGGGCUGGGAGGCAGCACAGGCUAUCGAUAAAUACUGUAGAGUGAGCGGAGGUUUCUCGGGAGUGAAGGACGUCUACUCUUCAAACCCGACCUACGAUGACGUGCAGCAGAGCUUCUUCCUGGCUGAGACGCUCAAGUAUCUGUACCUGUUGUUCUCCAGUGACGACCUUAUGCCGUUGGAGAGCUGGGUCUUCAACACAGAGGCACACCCACUUCCUGUCCUCCAUCUUGGCAACAUCACCCUGCCGGGCAGCGAACCAGCUCAGCGAUAGACAGACUUAUUCCUCCACCACGACACCAGGGGGCACCACAUGUCUGCCCACUUUCCCAAAAAAGCCCACCAACACUGGACAAAAACAUUCAGCUCUAUGGACUCUUCUGCUUUUGGACUGCAGACGUGAAACAGAGGAGACAGAGAGAGCAUGUGCAGCGUGGAGAGGACUUAAAGUCUUCUUCUCUUUUACCUUUUACUCUUUGACUCUCUCUGACCGUCUCUCUGGGGACGGUGGGUUUGCUGCUCAGCCUCUCGACUGGCUUGAAUUGACUCUUUUCUCUGAAGGACCAAGCUCCAUAAAAGGAUGCUUGACUUUUGUUAUUAUUUUUAGUGUUUCUUUGAGAUUUGACCAAACUUUUCCUCCCACCGGCUCAUGCCAAGGCACUGAGAGUGCACACGGGAUUAUUUGUGAAGGAGUCAGUUUGACACUGCGCUGACAGAAGUGACAUUUUUCCACGCAGACAGACUUCAGGACUUUACAGGGUCUGUUAAUGAGGUUUUUUUCUGUUUGGACAAAUCCUAAAUGGGGACACAGGGUUGAAUCAAAGCCCUUCAUUUUCUCCCUUCCUGUUUAAUCUUUAUCAGACAAACUUUUACCUGGAACUGCUUGUCACAUCAUCAGUGCGAGGUCUGGUUUUGGUCCUCUGCUCCUCCUCUUAUCCUCCUUUUUCAGAGACGUGGACCAUUCUAAGUGGAACAGUAGGGACAGCAGCAGGCCUCCCUCAUCUUCGCUCCACAUAUUUCCAUUUUCUGCACUCUGAGACAUCAUCGAGUCACAACUUUCCCCAAAAAUCAUUCUGCUGCUUCUCAAUCGGAUGCUGCUUUUUGAUCCAGUUACUCAUCUUGUGUUUUCCUUCAUGUCUCAGCUUUCACUCCGAAUCAUUUUUCACUGUGAGAUGAAGUGAGAGCCCAACCACGUUUUUGUAUGAGUGUGAAUGUGUUUGAGUGAGUGUGAUGGUAAAAAUAACCUCUGCUGUAAAUCAUUAAUCUGUGCACUUUGUUUGGGAAGAAGAGGUAAGUAGAGGUGUAGCACUGAGAGAGCUGAAUAAAUGACGACCCUAUUGUGUUGCUCAGCUGAGCCACCAUGACACUUUUUCUCUGUUUAGACCUACAUCACUGUUUGACCGCCUAUUUACAGACCGUUUUCAUCUCUUCAUGCCUACAUUUUAACCUCUACCUCUUCUAUUCAUAAUAAAAACCUCUUCAAACUCAGAGGCCUUCAUUUAGGGAUCCCACAUGACUUCAUGAACUAUUGCUGAGUAUGAAACAUUAAAGGGUAAUUACACUA